AUGGCUUCUCCGAGCGGAGCAGCCUCAUACAAGAAGAAAGAUGGCACUCUUGCUCUUUCGCCAGAUGAGCAGACGCUCACUUGGACACCAACAGCUCCGGGGCAGCCGGGGGUGAAUAUUACGAUCUCAGGAAUCACCAACCUGAAGCAGACCCCGGCAACAAAUCCCAAAGUCAUGUUGAAAAUAUUUGUCCUCGCCCCAAAUGCGCCACCUAACAGUGAGCCAGACCAAUAUGUGUUUUUGUUCACCGCAGGCCCGGACUUGGCCCGCGCGGAGGCCGACGCCAUCAAGAAUGCAUUGAGCGCACGAAUGAAUGCAGGAAAGGCAACCACCCCUGCGCAGACGCCAGCUCCUGGUGCGGCGGGCGUGGGUGGACUAUCGGCUGCAAUGGCAAUUGCCAAUGCCGUAUCCUCAGCGAGUUCAUCGAAGAACCCGUGGGAUGAUGACAACCGGCUGAAGGGGGACGUGGAGCUGCAGCAGUCUUUGUUGAAGGCCGACCCUUCUCUGCAGCGAAUGUUUAUGGAGUCCAUUCAAACUAAACCAGACAGUUUGACCUCGGCGCAGUUCAUGUCUCAAUUCUGGUCGACCCGACUGCACCUAUUACGAGCGCAUGCGAUCGAGCGCGCGCAGACUCGCGGCUCGUACAAUGUGCUGUCAUCACUCAAGCCUCGUGUCGAAGAGAAUGUGACACGGCUGAAUAUCAGCAAAGAGCAGAUCUCGCUCAUCUUCUCUCAGCAUCCGCUGGUCAAGCGGGUGUACGAUGAGAAUGUCCCGAAACUGAGUGAGCAGCAGUUUUGGUCACGGUUCUUCCAAAGUCGGCUGUUCAAGAAGUUGCGAGGAGAGCGUAUAUCCGAGACUGAUGCAACGGAUGCAAUCUUGGACAAGUAUCUUCGAGAAGAGAAUGCAGCUUCUACUCGAGAAUCCUACGUUCCGCACUUUAUGGAUUUGGCUGGCAAUGAAGUUCAUCACAGCCAACGCCAAGGUAACAGACCGGACUUGGACAUGCGGCCCUCGGGUGCAGACAAGGUCCCUAUCAUCCGAACGCUGAACAGUUUGAGUGAGAAGAUCAUGUCCAACGUUGCCCCGGCCGAUGGGGAUGUGACUGCGCCUAUCGGCAUCGACGAGGAGACCUGGCAGAUCAUGCAGCUUAGAGAUCUGCAGGGCGAUGAAGAGCAGACCCGUGUCACGUUGAACAUUCGCGAUCAAAAUCGCUUCUUUUCCCAAACUCAGGAGGAUGAACAGACACGCGCAUUUGCCAAGCAGGAUCCAAAUGAGAUUCUGAAGACACUCCAGUCAGAAAUAGCAGAGAAUUUGCCACUUGGGGGCCAUGCGCCGCUUCAGAAGCUGGUGGAUCCAGGUGACGAUGAAGAUGAAGAGAUGGAAGACGCACCAGCCAGUCAGCGCCCCGUGGGAUCAUCGGCUGCUCUCCAUGACGCAUUCGCACAGAUUCUGGGGGCUGUCCGCGAGCAGCGCGAGCAGAUGAGCGAAAGGGCUGCGUCUGAUACUUAUGGGCUAUCUCCUAGUCUUUACGACCGGUUGACUUUGACCCAUGCGACAUCCACCGAAUUCCUGAAUCAAUUCUGGCAAGCCUUUCUUUCUGGUAAUCCGGAACGAGCCGGCGAAGUGCAGUCGCUCUCCGAAUCAUUGAUUCGCGCCAUGGACCGCAUCAAAGCGGUUGCCAAUGACGCCGAAGCGGAGCGUCAAAUAGAAGUUGAUCGGAGAAAGAAUGCGGCGCGCGAGUAUUACGAAAAGACAAAGCGCAAGCCUCGGUUAAACUUGGAUGACAUUGAGGGUGGCCAAAAGGUGGUCAAUCAGCUUCUUGGUCCGACUUUACGAGCCCUGGAACUGGCCUCCAAUCGGUAUCGAACCACUUUGGAAGCAGAAAAGGCGGAAGCAGCACGCGAGGCAGCUGCGCCAGCUAUUUAG